AUGCAUCAAAUAGACAUUGUUUUCCCGCACGGGACAAACGUUGACCUGGAACCAGAUGAGGAUAUCGACGACGCCGAGAUGCAGAGCCUCGGAGGGAGUGAUGUUGACUCCGCACUGGGAGAAUCAGAGGCAUGGCCAUCUUCGACCGCAUCACUCCGAUCGAGCAUCGUACGGGCACGCGAGGAAAACGGGCGAAUCUAUCACGGAUACAAGGACGGGAAAUAUGUCUUGCCCACUGAUCAGGAAGAACUCGAUCGACAAGCUUUUCAAUAUCAGCUCUGCCAGUUGACCUUUGAAAACAGGCUCAACUUUGCCCCCGUCCACCACCCCCACAGAGUUCUAGAUGUUGGGUGCGGCAUAGGGCUGUGGGCGAUAGACUUUGGCGAGGCACACCCCGAAGCCGAAGUUGUCGGCGUAGACCUCUCGCCCGUCCAACCUGGUUUCACACCGCCAAACGUGCACUACGAAAUCGACGACCUCGAGGAGGAGUGGAGCUUUUCUAGAAAGUUUGAUUAUGUCCACUGCAUGAUGAUGACGGGCGCUUUUAGGGAUUGGCAAAACUUCCACCAACAAGCCUUUGACAACCUAAAUUCCGGAGGAUGGUUCGAGAUCCAGGAUAUCGACUUCCCCAUGAGGUGCGACGAUGGAACGAUCCCGCCAGACUGCGACCUCGGUAGGUGGAACGAGCUCAUGAUGGAAGCCGGUCAAAGGUCGGGCUUCCUCCUGGAUACCUGCGGCAGGGCGGCCGAGAUGAUGACCAACGUCGGAUUCGUCGAUAUCGUGCGGAUCCAGUUCAAGUGGCCAAUCAACCAGUGGCCGCGCGACGUCAAGCACAAGACCCUGGGCGUCUGGACAGAGGCCAACUUCAGCGUCGGGCUGGAGUCCAUGACGUUGGCCCUCUUCACCCGCUUCAUGGGCUGGAGGAAAGAGGAGGUCUGGGACUUUAGCGCGAAUGUCAUUGCGGAGUGGCGUGAUGUACGUAGGCAUGGGUAUUUUGACGUGUAUGUAACUUAUGGAAGAAAACCGUAA